GGUCUGGCCGACGACCCUGAGGUGUUCGCUGAGCUCAAGGUGAAGGAGAUCAAGAACGGCCGCCUGGCCAUGGUCUCCGUGCUGGCCUUUGCCAUCCAGAGCGCGGUCACUAAGGAGGGCCCCUACGCCAACUGGAGCAAGCACGUGGCCGACCCCUUCGGCUACAACCUCACCACCGUGCUGGGCGCCGGCGAGGAGCGCGUGCCCACCCUCUAA